UUUUUAGCGUGAAGUACUGUCAGUUCAUAUUGGCCAAGGCGGCGUCCAAAUGGGCAACGCUUGUUGGGAAUUGUAUUGUCUUGAACAUGGCAUACAACCCGAUGGCAUGCUUCCACCUACAAGUUGCUCCAGCGACGAAGGUUUUCAAACUUUCUUUAGCGAAACUGGUGGUGGGAAAUAUGUUCCACGAGCGGUAUUUUUGGAUCUUGAACCUACAGUUAUUGAUGAAGUACGAACUGGAACUUAUCAUCAACUGUUCCAUCCCGAACAACUAAUUUCUGGUAAAGAAGAUGCGGCAAACAACUAUGCUCGAGGCCAUUAUACUUUGGGAAAAGAAAUAAUUGAUUUAGUCCUUGACAGAAUUCGCAAGAUCGCCGACAUGUGUACCGGUCUUCAAGGGUUCCUUAUUUUCCACGCGUUUGGUGGUGGUACAGGUUCUGGAUUCACCAGUCUAUUAAUGGAACGACUUUCCAUGGAUUAUGGCAAAAAAGCCAAGCUUGAAUUUGCAAUUUAUCCUUCUCCGCAAAUUUCUACUGCAGUGGUAGAACCUUAUAACGCCAUCUUAACUACACAUACAACUUUAGAGCAUUCAGAUUGUGCUUUCCUCGUGGAUAAUGAAGCGAUCUAUGAUAUCUGCAGGAGAAACUUGGAUAUAGAAAGACCUACUUACACGAAUUUAAAUAGAUUAAUUGGUCAAAUAGUAUCUUCUAUUACGGCUUCUUUGAGGUUUGAUGGGGCAUUGAACGUCGAUUUAACUGAGUUUCAAACGAAUUUAGUCCCAUACCCGAGGAUUCAUUUUCCCUUAGCCACUUAUGCGCCAAUUGUUUCGAUCGAAAAAGCUUAUCAUGAGCAACUGACAGUGAUGGAGUUGACGUCAUCUUGUUUUGAACCAGCUAUGCAAAUGGUAAAAUGUAAUCCUCAGAGAGGAAAAUAUAUGGCAUGCUGUUUACUAUAUAGAGGAGAUGUGGUACCGAAAGAUGUGAAUGCAUCCAUCGCGACUAUAAAAACAAAGAGAGCAAUACAGUUCGUCGAUUGGUGUCCUACUGGAUUUAAGGUAGGAAUUAAUUAUCAACCACCGACAGUGGUACCUGGUGGUGAUCUUGCUAAAGUACAACGAGCUAUGGCAAUGCUUGCAAAUACUACUGCAAUUGCUGAAGCAUGGACGAGAUUAAAUAGAAAAUUUGAUUUAAUGUUUGGGAAACGUGCAUUUGUUCAUUGGUAUGUGGCUGAAAGUAUGGAUGAAAGUGAAUUUAACGAAGCAAGAGAAGAUUUGGCUGCAUUAGAAAAGGAUUACGAAGAAGUAGGCAUGGACUCGACAGACGCAGGCGAAGGUGAAGAUGAAAAUUAAUCUCACAUGAAAUCACAUCUAAUAUUUUUGACAGGAAUGAUUUAAAUGAACGGCGAAUUCAUAUAUUUUGUACAAAUUAUACACUGU